AUGAACUACAUCUGGGGCGCCGUCAACGCGAUCAGCGCACCGUACCAGUACUACAAGGAGCUUCCGCCGCUUAAUCCGUCUACGCUUACUGGUGCUAUCGAUGUCAUUGUCAUACGACGACCGAAGGAGAGCGGGGAUGGCGAUGAGCUCGCUUGUUCUCCGUUCCAUGUCCGCUUUGGGAAGUGGCAAGUCUUGCGGCCAGCCGAGAAGAAGGUUAAAGUGCUUGUGAAUGGCAAGCCAAUACCGUUCAACAUGAAGAUCGGGGAGGCCGGAGAAGCCUUCUUCGUCUUUGAGACCGAGGGAGAGAUCCCGGAGAACUUGAUAACGUCGCCCAUCCUCGCGCCGUACUCCCCUCCCGGAUCUACCACCGACCUUCCAAAUACAACCACGGGUCGGUUUGGCGCCCGCGAAGAUGGCGCAAUGCCAGAACAGGAGCCCGAGUUUCUCGACCUUAACGCGCCACAAACGACCGAUGCCGCCGAGGCAGACGCACUGCGCGGCGCUUCUGGUCCAGAGUACAUUGUCGAGGACACGGGCUCAGACGACUUGCUCUCUCGGACCGCGGACGCCGGGAAGGCUGUUGCGCACGCCGUUGACGAGCACGAGCAAGAUGUCCAGAUUAGGCUGCGGGAUCGGAUCCGGGCGCGCUACAACAUGGCUCAGAAGGCGACAGCUGACUAUAAGCCUGGCUCGAAUCCGAGUGAUGAGGGCGAUGAAGUCCUGCCUUCUCCGCCGGACGUGCAACCCAAUGAGAUCAUCAACAACGGCGACAUCAUGAUCGACAUGGGCGGCUAUCACUCCCAGAAACCCGCGAAGAAGUCGUCGCAGUCCUCAGAUUCUGAGGGAGAGGACCGCGCCAAACCCGGCGACACCAACCAGAUAGCUUUCCCUUCAUCCUCUUCGCCUCCGCCCGAUCCACACCGUACACCCCGCCUUGGAGAUCCCGAGACACGACCCGGUCGUCCCAUUCCCUUCCCCACCGGCCGCGCAGGCUCAGCACCGCCUGACGACCAACACGCACUUCUACCCCCAACCGAAGAGUAUUCGUGGGAGUGGGGCGCUUUCCCCCAGCGCUCGCCUGUAAAACCGACAUUUCCGCGUUCUGGGCGCUCGCCUCUCGGCGUCGACGAGGAACUCGGUCUCCCGCCUAGCGUUGAUGCUGUGAUCACCGACUUCCAUCGGUCGAAGAGCUUGCCGCCUGACCUGGAAGAUGCGGGCGCGACGUCUGAGCCCGAGCCGGAGAGGGAACAUGGAGAGAAGAGUGGUGACGAUGGACCGUUAUCGGAGGGAGAGGAAGAUCAUGCACCCAGGGGAGGUCCUCGGGACAGGGAGGGGAAGGGCACGGGAUGGGGAAGGUGGUGGAGGCGCGGUGGCGCGAAGAACAGGACGCAGAGCGUCGACGUGAGACAGGUUGAUAGGGAAGGCGGGGAUGUCGAGAAGGCGGCCGGUCGAUUACGGUCUGGUAGUGGGGCUGAGAGGCCAUCGUUGAGGGAGAUCGAGAGCUCACCAGUCAUACCCGUUGCGAAGCUGGGCGAGCCCUUGCAGGUAGAGCCGCAACCAGCGACGGCACCUGCCGUACAGAUAACACCAGAAGCCUCAGAGCCCGAGAAGCGUUACGCAAAGACCCUGCGACUCACCUCUGAACAGCUGGAAAGUCUUGAUCUGAAGCCAGGCGCCAACACGCUCACCUUCUCGCUGUCCGCUUCAGGGAAUGUUGCGUGCACCGCCAGCAUCUACCUCUGGGAGCAUACCGACCAUAUUGUCGUUUCCGACAUUGACGGCACGAUCACCAAGUCUGACGCGCUUGGUCAUGUCUUCACCAUGAUCGGCCGCGACUGGACACAUCUCGGCGUCGCCAAGCUCUACACCGACAUCGCGAAGAACGGCUACAAAGUCAUGUACCUCACUUCCCGCGCCAUCGGUCAGGCCGACACUACCCGGUGGUAUCUCCAGAGUAUCAAGCAGAACGACCACCAGCUCCCUGAAGGGCCCGUCAUCAUGAGCCCCGACCGUCUGCUCGCGUCGUUACAUCGUGAGGUCAUCAUGCGCAAGCCCGAGGUGUUCAAGAUGGCCUGCUUGAGGGAUAUCCAGAGGCUGUUUGGGCCGACCGCGCCACACCCGUUCUACGCUGGCUUUGGCAACCGCAUCACAGACGCCAUGUCCUACCGUGCCGUCAAUAUCCCGUCCAGUCGCAUCUUUACUAUCGAUAGCAACGGCGAAGUACGGAUGGAGCUUCUGGAGCUUGCGGGGUACAAGUCACCAUCUGUGGCGAGUUACAUCCACAUGACGGACCUCGUCGACCAGAUGUUCCCUCCGAUCAACCAGAAGUACUCGACUGAGUACACCGACAACUCCUACUGGAACGCUCCGAUCGUAGACGUCCAACUCCCUGACCUCACCCCUCCAUCCCCGGCACUAUCAGCCCGUUCAGACCAGACGACGGGUUCAACGCUUGCACGUAUACGCAACUUCAGCCUGCGCGGACCGCGCGCCACUAGUCCUGAACCUGGGACUUCCACUCCUGCGACUACUGAAGACGGGCAACGCGGGCGGCAAGAUGACCGUGAGCGACCGCGUACGCUGUCGAGUAUAUCGCGUAUCUCGGGUGCGCUCGCUAGUCUCAGCCGUAGCGUCAGCCCUGGUAGCCCCUCUGGAACUAGCAUCUCAGCUCUUUCCCCCGCGCGAUCGACGACGGAUAUAUCGGAAGUUGAGGAGGACGAGUUUUACCAGAAGAGCGAGAGGCGAAGGAGACAGCGGACGCUCAGCAUGCCAGGAUCGUUGCAGGGUAGCGAGGACGAGGCGUCCGAUGGGGAGGAUGAGGAAGGGGACGGGGCGUUGUUUGGUAGCGAUGGUGGUGAUGAGUAUGGGGAUGGGGAUGAUGAGGGCGUUGGCGGUGAGAUGGAGGAGCCGACGUUUGAUGAGGAUUUGUUUGCGACGGGCGAGAUGAGCAAGGUGCCUUUCCUGUGA